GGCGACACAAGCUCCGGAGCGAGGGGUGGCACAGGGAUGGGGCUCCGCUCCUGAGACGCGUUCGUUUAUCGGUUGCACCAGCUGGCAGCUUAAAAACAAGAAGGCAGGAAUCUGGAAGAYUUUUUAUCACCAGGAAGAUCUGAAYUAGUGGACUCUAUGGAUAUAGAUAUGUUUGAAGGCAUCUGCUCUUCCCAGUACAAGAAUCAUGAAUAAACUGGCAGACCAGCAGGACCACAUGAUACCAUGAAGAGAAGCUUACAGGUCCUCUAUUGCCAACUGUUUAGUGUUCUACUGAUCUUGGCACUGACAGAAGAGCUGGUGUUUUCUGUUCAGGUACUGUCUCCCACUGUCUCCUCCUCUCAGGACUUCCCGAUGAACACUACAGCUAUCACUACAGCCAUGGCAACAACACCUCACCACAAAGAGCASCACACGGCAGAGCCCCUUCCCACGUCGGCUCGAGCCGUGUCCCACCCCGUCAGCCUGGUGGAGAAAGCCCCUUCCACCGGGCAAGGGCAAGAGGGCGGCCCUCGCAUCGGCGAAAAGGAAACUUAUCAUUUAUACAACCAGAGYGCUUUGUACUCGGGACAGUCUCGCCCCAAGGGGAAAAUAUUCCAGGUUUUCAAAGGCAACUUCUCAGAGUCGCCAGAGCCUUACCUAAAGACAACCCUGCAYUCUCCCUUCCCUACCCUGAGGAGCCCUUUCACAGACCACCCAUUUCAGCCCCAGACCACAGCAUCCAGCGACCCAAAUGGAACGGGGCUGGCAAGAACUACACUCUCAGACCCUUCUCCCCACCGCAACRCCUCGGGAAGCCUUAGGGAAGCAGAGCGAGGGGAUGGGACCGAGGCAGCAGUGCAGGAGGCAGAUUUUGCCACCACAACUGCUGGACCAUCAACUGAUCCUGAAGCAGUGUCGGUGCCUUUUAAACCCACCCACUACGGUGUGUGGGAUAUGCUGAGCAAAAACAACUCUUGGGUAACCUUGAAUCUCAGUACAAAUGUCCCUCUGUUUGCCGGCUCUGGAGCUGCRACAGCAGCAGCUGGUCACUCGGUUCAGACCAGUUUUGAUGUCAGAAUCUCAUCCCCGGCAGCAGGAGACCCCAAGGGGGCCACUCCAACGCAGCACGGCGCGGUGACUAAUGCCACGUCACCGGACACCGCUCUGUCCUCAGCACCUGCCACCAGCUUGUCCAGCUCCACUUCCACAGCYGGCUCCACCGCCACCGGGAACUUCCUGAACAGACUGGUUCCUGCUGGCACCUGGAAACCAGGGGUGCAAGGAAACAUCUCCCAUGUCACCGAGGGGGACAAACCUCAGCACAGAGCAACCAUCUGUCUCAGCAAGAUGGACAUUGCCUGGAUCAUUCUGGCUAUCAGCGUCCCUAUAUCCUCAUGUUCAGUUCUGCUGACAGUCUGCUGCAUGAGAAGGAAGAAGAAGACAUCUAACCCAGAGAACAAUCUGAGCUAUUGGAAUAAUGCUAUUACCAUGGACUACUUCAACAGGCAUGCUGUGGAGUUACCAAGAGAGAUCCAGUCGCUGGAGACUUCAGAGGACCACCUGUCCGAGCCGCGCUCGCCGGCCAACGGCGACUACCGCGACAGUGGGAUGGUCCUGGUGAACCCCUUCUGUCAGGAAACACUAUUUGUGGGACACGAGCAAGUCUCUGAAAUAUGACCCCCCAGCUGCCCUUGUACUGCAGUUUCAUCUCUACUGUCUCCAAAUUAUAAAUAAAUAUAUAUAUAUAUUAUAAAUAUAACCUUUGUGUAACCCUGAAUUAUAAGAAAUGUUUUCAGCUUUUCUUUUGUCCCUCAGAAUUGUCAGCCCCUUUUUUAUAAGUGUGGUAAAACUUUACAGAACAAACUGUGGCUUUAUAAAAUAAAGGUAUUUCUAAGCAAAAUGCCUGUCAGGUGGACU